AUGGUCACUUUAAUAUACAUACAGCAUCAGAUACUUGAUCAAAACACCAAUGGAAACAUUAUAAGAGGUUGCAAAACAGACAAUGAAGCAAAAACAUGUACUGCCGAUAACAAUUGCAUUACCACAGCCGAGAGAAAAAACAAUCAACUGAUUUGCAAACAAUGUGAUGCAACCGAUGAAAAAUGUUCACUAACCGAUAUGAAUAUUAACGAUCAGAAAUACAAUCAUAUCUGCGUCGAGGGCGUUAUUAGAUGUUUCAAAACAGUCGUUGACAAGAAGGUCGUUAGAGGUUGUGGUACUAAGAGUAACAUACAACAAUGUAUCAACUCCAAAAUCUGUGAAACAUGUGACAGCGUUUACUGCAAUACUGGUAUAUUCCCCAAAAAUCGUAUCACUUGCUACCAAUGUACUGGUAGCAGCUGCGAAGAUGUUGCAGCAAAUAAUAUAGGUUAUAAAGCCUGUGCGAAUUACGUAGAGAACGAUCAAUGCUAUAUGAAAGCCAAGAACGAAAUAGAUAUGACACGUGGUUGCAAGUCCGACACUAGAGAUAAUGAAUGUUCUGACGCUGCUGAAGGUUGUGUCUUUUGUCCUGGCAAUAACUGUAAUAAUUUAAAAUAUAUAUAUGAUCAAGUGCUGAAGUGUCAUCAGUGCACAAGUGAUGAUAUAACUAGCGAUUGUUUUGGAGAACAAACUAAUCAGGUAUUUGAGAAAUGUAAGAGACAAAUUCGUUACACUUUUCCCGAAUACUGUUAUACCCAAAUUAAUGGUAGGACAAUUAAACGUGGUUGUCUUCAUGAUAAUUUGGAACUAACUCUUAAUUCAUGCCAAGAUAUCGAUAGCGAAACCUGCACGAAAUGCAACAAUGGCGAUGGUUGCAAUAGUAAACAAGUAAAAUUAGAUUUCACUUGUAUUGUAUGUCGUAGUGAUUUAAAUAGCACGUGUUGGGAUGAAGGACAUACCUUUAAGGGAAAACAUUGUCGUGUUAGCCCUAGUUCACCCAAAGAAGGUUGUUUUCAUGGCAUUUGGCACGGAGUUGCUAUUCGUGGUUGUGUUGUUGAUGCUAGUAUACAUAACCAAUACAUAUGUAAAGAUAUAGAUCAUAAACAGUGUAACGCUUGCUAUAAGAAGGACUGUAACACGGGGAAAUCAUCAGACAUACCACAAUAAAUAAAAUUUAUUAUUUUAUCACUUCGUCACAAUUA